CACGGCUUUAGGGCGGAGUAGCAACAUGUCGGCUCCUGGAGCUGGUGACCCUCUGGAUGCUAAGAACGAAAAUGCUCCAUUCGCUCAGCGCAUUGACCCGUCGCGGGAGAAAUUGACCCCUGCGCAGCUGCAGUUUAUGCGGCAGGUGCAGCUCUCCCAGUGGCAGAAAACACUGCCUCAGCGGCGGAUCCGGAACAUCGUGACCGGCCUGGGCAUUGGGGCUCUGGUAUUAGCUAUCUAUGGUUACACCUUCUACUCAGUGGCCCAGGAGCGGUUCCUUGAUGAGCUGGAAGAUGAAGCCAAAGCUGCCCGAGCCCGCGCUCUUGAGAGGGAGAGAGCGUCCGGACCCUAACUGUACGGACCGUCUUCAAACUGCUGGAGCCCUGUACGUGUCGAAUGAUGCCCGGUGAUCUCACAGCAUCACUGGCUUACUAACUUGGACCAUGUUUGAGCCCAAGAAGCCAGAGACUGCGUUUGGCCACUGCCAAAGGGGGAUUGUUCAUUUCACAUGCAGUUUGUACAGUUACUCAGCCCUUCUUACUUCCUUGUUUGAGAGGUAUGCGACCUUGCCUUUCCCAAACGUUGUGGUUUACCCCUUCACCUCCCAGGAGCCCAACUCUUAUGCAGAGUUGGAACCUAAAGCCGGAAAGAUAGGGUCAAGUUAAGAGUAAUAAAAUGAGUCAUCUCUCCUGAA